UGCCACCUUUGCCAUAAAAGUGUAGUGAUAGUGGAUUUCGCAUCUCGGGGAUGUCGGUUGAGUGAAAUUUCCUGGUGAAUGCGACGGUGAAAAAGUGAAAAAGUAUUGCGGAGUGAAGAAAGUUUUGAAGCAGUCACAUUCUUGGGCGUUCACAUCAUCGCCGGAUAAUUUCAACCACAGCCAAAAUAUUUGUUUGAUAAAGUGACACAGACGACGGAGAACACAAUGUCAAUCAAUAAGAUUCACAUAAAUAAUACAACAAAUCUAUCACUGAAUGAUAGAUUCACAGUAAUGCAGUCUGUGGGGCCAAAAUUGCCCACACCAACGCGCAAAGUAGCGCCAAGACGUAGAACACAAAGCGCCUCAUCAAUACUAGAAAAACCUUCGCCAAACGUUUCACUAGCGAAUCGUAAAUUAUUGGAACAAUUGGAUAAGAAACACAAAAUGCGGGCAGCCCUAAAAUUGAAACGAAAAAGUAUGAAGGCAAUUUUGCCAAACAGACCACGCUUAAGAAACCGAAUCGGCUUAAGAAAGGGCGCCGCUACAGCUGCAAUACGUUUAACUCCUAGUGGAAGGCUUUCACGAUCAAACAGCCUGACAAACGUUGCAACAAUGAAAGCCGAUUUAGUUCAAACCACUACAUUGAGACGGUCGAAUUCCACAUCAAGUCUUGCUGGUCGUUUGGGAUCGCGACGUGCGAGCACCGGAAGCGCUCCGACAGGCCCACGUCGACGUAUAAAACGCAAUAAUAUUGUUCGCGCCAGUUCUAGACAGAACUUGGUCCGGUCAAAUUCAACAGCAAGCCUUAAGCGAUCUAAUUCGAGACUGAGUCUCAAGCGAUCGAAUUCGAGGCAGAGCCUGAAACGAUCGAACAGUAGAAGCAGCUUAAAUAGGGUUUCAGGAGGCCAAGGUUCACCCCAAAGAAGAAUCGCUCGAAAUGCAUUGCGUGGAGCUAGCAGUCAAAGGCGAGGUGGCCAAAGACGCAGCAACUCAGUUUCCAAUCGCCUUGGUGUGCGAAGAGCGCCAAUGGCGCGAGAUCGUAUUCGAGCAGAUAAUAUCCGAGGAGGAAGAGCCCGACGCGGCCGAAUCCUCAAUAGGCGGAAUUCGACCACGGCCGUCUCAAAUCUGUCAAGAAAUGGUGGUAGUAGACAGGGCAGGCCAGGUCGCCCACGAGGAAGAGGAACGAACAUGACACAACGUGGAAGAAGCCGGUCAAGGAGUCGAAGCAGGAAUGUAAGGCAACCGCAAAGUGAAAACAGAGGUAACCGUAGCAGUAGCCGGGGUCGUGGACGUGGACGUGGUCGCGGAAAAGGUGUAAGGCCGGGCAUCAAAAAAGAAGAUUUAGAUAAGGAACUUGAUCAGUACAUGGCAACUACACGAACGGGACUGGAUAAUGAAAUGGACUUGCUGUGAAUAUAUUUUUAGUGUACAUCUCAAUAAUUUUCAUUUAAAAGCAUUUUAUGUUGAUUUUUACACGAUAGCAUAUUUCUUUCUCUAAUUAAUCCUAACAAAAACUUGUUUACUUUAUAUCAACUGUAUUGUGAAUAAAAUGGAAUGAGAUUAUUUGAA